AGGCAGCAGACAGUGGAGCUAAAAGACGCACAGCGCAUCCGCUUGCCUCCCCAUUGACGUCACUUUGGUAUCACAUGAACGAGAAGGGACCAAUCCAAGUGGCUCUAUCGAAGUGCUUGGGUUCUUUCACGAAGAUAGAAGAAAAAGACAGUAAAAAGGAACCAUGCCAAUGACCGUUUAAAGACCAAGAAACACGUCGCCUUUGGAUUUGGGUGUUUUCUAUCAAAGCUACGUGACUUGUAUGAGUUCAAUCUGUGGAAGAUGUUAUCUGGACUGGAGUUGGCAGAAUGGACAUGGCCCGAACAUAUUGAGUAGCUCGUUGGGGGUGCUAAACGCGGACAGGAUAGACAUUACAGUGGGAAUGGUGUGGAUAUAGGAUUAUUUGCCUAUCCAAUAACUGCUCUUUUACUUUUCCGUUCUGAAAUACCCCCAUCAAAGACUCUUUCAUGGCUUUUCUAUCAGUGGCUCCGCCGUGUCUGUUUUUCGCCCACAACACUCUUUUAACAAUUGAGGUCGUAUCGCGGUAGCUUUGCUCCCAAGGUUUACAAUCCAAUCCAAUUGGCUUUUCUUUUGAAAUAUAUAUAUUUAAACUAAUAUUAGAUAGGCCUACAUUGUUACCUAUAGGAUCUUUUUGCGACUAGUUGAAUAUGGAUUUUAACAGCAGCGGCGGGGGUAACGAGCUACAUAAUAAACAAUUCUAUCAAUCUGAGGAGAGCAAGCCUUUGCUGGGGGAGAUGUCUGCGCCGACGCCACCGGAGGGGAAUAAUAUUAAGUUAGGCGCCGGGCCGUGCAAGAGAACCCUUCUCCAUUGCAGCAGCGGGAUGCGAUAUAAACUACUACAGGAGGGGGACAUCCAGGUGUGUGUGGUCAAACACCCUCGGACCUUCCUCAGCAAAAUUCUAACCUCAAAAUUCUUACGAAGAUGGGAACCGCACCACCUCACCUUGACAGACUGCAGCCUGGCGUCUGCGACGCCCACGGGGUACAUGGAGGCUGCCCUGUCCUACAGUACCAUAGAGGACCUGCAGCUGCUCUCCUGGGAUAAUGCCCCCAAAUAUUGUGUGCAGCUCAGCUUCCCCGGGGGCACCGUCCUCCUGCAGGCAGCCAACAGCUAUCUGCGGGACCAGUGGUUUCAUUCCCUGCAGUGGAAGAAAAAAAUCUAUAAGUACCGUAAGGUUCUGAACAACCCGAGUCGCUGGGAGGUGGUUCUGAAGGAGAUCAGAUCACUGGUGGACAUGGCCUUGACCUCUCCCCUGCAGGACGAGUCCAUUCACCAGGCCCCGCUGCAAAUCAUCUCCACCCUGCUGGCCGAGAACACCAACCUCAGCUCUCAGGACCAUGAGAACAUCAUUGUGGCCAUCGCUCCUCUCCUGGAAAAGAACCACCCUCCACCGGACCUGUGUGAGUUCUUCUGCAAGCACUGUCGGGAGCGUCCGCGGUCGAUGGUUGUGAUUGAAGUGUUCACCCCUGUGGUCCAGAGAAUCCUCAAACACAACAUGGACUUUGGGAAAUGCCCCAGACUGCGUCUCUUCACUCAAGAGUACAUCUUAGCUUUAAAUGAGCUCAACGCUGGGAUGGAGGUCGUGAAGAAAUUCAUUCACAGCAUGCAUGGUCCCUCCGGGCAAUGCCCUCACCCCCGCGUCCUGCCCAACCUGGUGGCAGUGUGCCUGGCUGCCAUCUACUCCUGCUACGAGGAGUUAAUCAACAGCCGGGACAACUCCCCAAGUCUGAAGGAGAUCAGGAACGGCUGCCAGCAACAGAAUGAGCGUAAACCCCCCCUGCCCCUCCGCCUGCUGCGCCCAGAGCCCCCCACACCUCCACCAACGUCCCUGCUGCCCCUCUCCCCUCCCCCCUCAGCUCCCCUCUCCCCUUCUCCCACACUGCCCCUCUCUCCCCCGCCCUCCAUCGUCAACUCCAGUGAGAUCCUGGUGGAGUUGGAACGCAACAACAACACUGCCAACGCCAGGCGGAAGGGCCCAGCGGGAAGCGACAGUGAGCCCAACCUGAUCGACUGUUUGCUGGUCAGCCCCGCACUCAACGCCCUGUCAAUCCAGCUGCCUGCCCAGGCCGACCGCGUGUUGGGCUGCUUCGCACUCAUCCUCAAAAUGCUGUCUGACUACGAUGACUGGAGACCAGCCCUGGCCAGUCUGCUGCAGCCCAUCCCCUUCCCCAAAGAGGCCCUUGCACACGCCAAAUUCACAAAAGAGCUGAAAUAUGUUAUUCAGAGGUUUGCAGAAGACCCCAGACAGGAAGUCCACUCCUGUCUGCUCAGUGUGCGCUCUGGAAAGGACGGUUGGUUCCAGCUCUACAGUCCAGGGGGUGUGGCCUGUGAUGAUGAUGGGGAGCUCUUUGCCAGCAUGGUCCACAUCCUUAUGGGUUCCUGCUACAAAACAAAGAAGUUCCUCCUGUCCCUGGCUGAAAACAAGCUUGGACCCUGCAUGCUCCUGGCUCUGCGUGGGAACCAAACCAUGGUUGAGAUCCUGUGUCUGAUGCUGGAGUACAACAUCAUGGAGAACAAGGACACCCAGCUGCAGAUUAUCUCCACCCUGGAGAGCACUCCGGUGGGCCUUCACAUGUACGAGCAGCUGUGUGACAGGCAGAGGGAGCUCAAAGAGCUGCAAAGAAAAGGAGGCCCAACCCGACUUACUCUGCCCUCCAAGUCUACGGAUGCAGACCUUGCAAGGCUACUGAGCUCUGGCUCCUUUGGGAACCUGGAGAACCUGAGUCUUGCCUUUACCAAUGUCACCAGUGCCUGUGCUGAACAGCUCAUCAAGCUGCCCUCUCUCAAACAGCUCAACCUGUGGUCCACCCAGUUUGGAGAUACAGGAUUGCGGUUGCUGUCUGAACACUUGGCGUGUCUGCAGGUGUUGAAUCUGUGUGAAACACCCGUGACCGACGCCGGCCUGCUGUCACUCAGCUCCAUGAAGAGCCUGUGCAGUUUGAACAUGAACAGCACCAAGCUCACAGCAGACACAUAUGAUGACUUAAAGGCAAAACUCCCCAAUCUGAAGGAGGUGGACGUCCGCUACACCGAGGCCUGGUGAACACAUCCUGUAUGACAUCACUAGAACACCAACUCCCACAUCAUCCAAACAUCAUCGGAACACAGAGCCUCUCUUACAUCAACAAUAAGAGGAUCCUCUCCCAUCUCUAGAUGAGGACGCUUUUAUCUGGAGAUGACAUCAAAACGCCACGACCUCUCUAGUAACAUGUCCAUGGAAAAUUACUAUCUUUCUAGUGACAUCAUCAAAAUACAAGGACCUGUUCUUUCUUGUGAAAUCAACAUACAAGGACCUCCUUUUUAGUGACAUCAUCAAAAUGCAAGGACCCACUUUCUUGUGACAUAAGGGACCCUCUCUUGCUCUCAUUCUCUCUCAUGUGUUGUUGCUCACUCAGUCCCUGUCCACAUCCUAUUUGCCCUCAAUAGACUCGUCAUAGAUUUCCUCUGUGUUGUGUCAUAUGUACACAGAACAAAGUUAACAAAUGGUGGAUCUUGCCCCUUUCCCCCCCCCUCCCUCUCCUGCUCUCUCUAAGGACCUUUGAGUUUAAAUUACCUCUCUUCCCUCCAUUUACUGGGAGCUAUUCUACCCUUGUCUGAUGAAGGCUGGAUAACCAGGUCACAUUCCAGUACAUUUCUUUGAUAUUGCCUCUAGUCAAUCCAAAUGUAGCUUUAAAAGACUAUUCAACUGUCAUUUUGGUCUUGUUGUUUUGUUUGGGUUCUUUCAGGUUAAGAGUCGGGCCUUUCCAGUCCUUCAUUAGGAAUGAGGUGCUACCUCAAAAAAAUAAAAGUUGCAAGACUGUGCCUAAUGCCUUGUA